AUGGGAUAUUCUCCUACAGAUGACGUGUUCAUUUUUCAACCCGAAAACAAAGACGUUUCUGAAGAAAUUCCAGCACUGCUGAACGAACCAGACAUACCCUUGAUGCCUAAUAAAGAGCAGUCAAAUGCCUCAUCCCCUGCGACUUCUUUUGAUGAUGACUUGAAUGAUAAAGACUACCAACUUGACGAGAAAAGCAAUUCUAAUAGUUCGAAUCCUGAAAGCGAAGUCGAUGAAGACGAUCUCGAUGUUGUCAACCAGGGAAAAAUUACAAUUUUGCAAGAUAUCCAAAUUAACAAACCAAAUGUACCACGCACUACUAAGUCCAUAUCAAGCCGUCUCAAGGAUCAGAUACUUGCAAAAACUCGUCAAGUAAUGUGCAUAUUUGGCGAGGAAAAUACUGUUUCAAAAAAUUUUGUGCGUCAUCUUACGCGGCGGCACUCCAGCGAAAAAGAGGUUGGCAACAUUUUGCGUCAGCCCCUGAAUAGCAAAGCUAGAAAAGCAGCUUUGGCUAGUUUGCGAAAAGAAACGACAUUUGAACUAUUUUUGGACGGAACUACGGUGCCGGCGCGCCGGUUCAUUACUGGUUGCUCUGAAAAAAGUAAUGACACUGAUUAUUAUCCCUGUACGGGAUGCAAAGGUCUGUAUAAAAAAAGUUAUUUGAGGAGGCAUGUAAAACUGUGCACAGAAGUAACAAGCAGAGACAAAGUUUCCAGUGCUGUUUCCAAAUCUCAAACUUUCGCCGCUUGCCAGCUUGAUCAAACAAAUACCACCGUCCGGUUAGAGGUAAAAGACAAAGUUUUUGAUUUGAUGAGAGGUGAUAAUAUUGCAUUCGUAGCAAAAAAAGAUUUAUUAACAACAUACUUUGGAAACUCUUACCUUAAAAAGCACAGAAAAGAAAAAAGCGCAUAUACAUGCAGCAACAAAAUGCGGGAAUUUGCAAGGCUCCUAAUUGAAUGCCGAGUACUUUUAAACAAUCCAAACUUUGAUAUGCAAACUCUUCUUCAUCCGAGUCAUUUUGAUGCUAUUGUGAUGGCUGCAAGAAAGUUGGCCGGUUAUGAUCCAGCAAAAAAAUCAUUCAAUGCUCCUAGCUUGGCGUUACAUUAUGGGGGAAAUCUGAAAACCUUGUGUGAUGAGCUGUAUCAUUUGGCACUAAAACAAACUAAAGGAUUUAACCGGGAAACGGAGACUGAGAGGACGGCUUUUCUGAAGGACGUCAAGAAAAUCAAUCAGCUUGUAAGCACACGCUGGAACAUUAAAAUGGCAUCCCUUGCGAACAAGGAUUUACAAGAGAAAAAAUGGAGUAAACCUCUUUUGGUUCCUCUAGUUUCAGAUGUCAAAAUUUUUAGAGAACAGACCUACAGGAUUGCCAGGGAAUGUGUUAAAGCGUUUCUAAAUGAUAAAGAUAUUGAAAAUGACUAUAAAACACUUGUAGAGUGUGUUCUCGCCUUACUGAUCAUAUUCAACCGACGAAGAAUAGGUGAUGUUCAAUACAUGAAAAUCUCGCACUACAACAACGGGCACAGGAGUAAUUUUAAAGAUUUUGAAAAUGCCCUAUCGGCUACAGAGAAAGUUUUAGCGAUUCGCUAUAAAAGGGUACUAAAUAGUGGGAAAGGUUCCCGAGCAGUGGUAGUCUUACCGGAGGACAUUGAUGAAUUCAUAAAAAUGUUAUUGAAACGCCGUCAUAAAUAUUUUUCAGAAGAAAACGACUACCUGUUUUCCAUUCCAGGACGAAAAGUAAAAUGGGGAAAAGGAGACUUAGCAAUUCGGAACCUCACAAAACGGAUGACGUUGGAAAAUCCUGAUGCCAUGACAAGUAACAAGCUGAGGAAGCAAAUUGCUACGGUUAUGCAGAUACUAAGUCUAUCAAAAGGCAAUAUUAAACAAUUUUCUAAUUUUAUGGGCCAUACCGUCAAAACCCACGAGGAAUUUUAUGAGUAA